GGAGACCUAACCAAACAUUUCAAAUUUCAAUUUAAUUUAAAAAAAAAGAACAUAGAAGCAAGCAAGCAAUGCAAGUAUUUCAUUAUUCUAGAAGGUUGUGAGAGCUCGAAAACUAGGAACAAUGGGAAAAAUUGUACGCCCCAAACAAAAGCUCAGGGCAAAAACGGGAAAAACGACAGGCCUAGAUAUCAAGACAGAAACUAAACUAAAUGCCAAAAGUUCUGUUAUUAUGGCCAAGAAGGAGAAAAUAAAAAUGCGCAGGCAGAAGCUCCUGAACAAAAUCGACAAGGUACAACAAAUGAAAAAGGCCCUUAAACUGAAGGAGAAACGAAAAAGCACCGCUAUUAUGGGCGACACCAAUCCUCUACAUGACGCAUUGCCCUCGUUGGAAGCCUUGCUCAAAACCAGACCCAGUGCUAAUAAGCGCAGUGCUGACAUUGCAAAGAAAAAGGGCAUUGAGAAACAAAGGAAAAGAAAAAGGGAAAUAAUACAAGGAAUUCAAAUAUACAAGUUGGUUUUGGGUAAUAAAAAGUUCCUGCAAGACCCUUGGGAAGCUAUUACGCACCAUGUACAAGCGAUGGUGGAUCAUGAAAGACAAAAUAUAAAAUAAAAUACUAUUA